AUGGCGCUGCUGAUGGAGCCCGGCGCUGAGCCCCUGACUGAGAGCGAGCAGGCCGACCUGGCCGGCAUCGCCGCCAUCAAGGAGUCGGCGGCGCGCGAAUUCAAGGAGCAGGGGAACCAGUUCGUCCGGAUGGGCCGGAAGCACUACGCCGAGGCGGUCUCCUGCUACACGAAGGCCAUCGCCCAGAUGGAGCCCCUCUCCUCCCUCGAUGCAUCUGCCGCCGCUGACGCCUCCGUUCUCUUCGCCAACCGAGCACACGUCAACCUCCUUCUCGGCAACCACCGACGGGCCCUCGACGAAGCCGAGCAGGCCAUCCGCCUCUCUCCCUCCAGCGUCAAGAUAACCGCUCCUUCUUUUUUAGAUCUUGCUGCUGCUAUGGAAAUGAGAGGGGUGAAGCUUGGGAAGGCAGCCUAUCAAGAGCUGACAGGGGUAAAGAAGCCAAAGCUGGAUGAGCAGGGCGUGCUCCACUGGCCUGUUCUUCUGCUCUACCCAGAGGCCAUGUCGAGUGACUUCAUUGAGGAUUUUCCAGAUACAGAUACUUUCUCGCCCCACCUUGAUAUCGGGCUUUCAAGCCGCGUCCGAGCGCUCAUGGACGGAUUCGAAGGCAACGGCGGCGGGUAUGGAAACGACGACGGCACCCGCGAUUUCUUCUCCCAACCGGAGCACUCGUCGGCUUUCAACCUCUACUCCGACCCGCCGGCGCAGUUCCCUAGCUCAAGCUCCAUCAACGCUCAACGGGCCGGCCUCUCCUCCCUCGAUCUCAACUCCAACGGCGAGGCUUGGCCCGGAAUGGGGAGGUACGAGAACCUCCUACGCUACGGCCAGGACGAAGCAGAUGGCGAGGGCGGCUUCUCCCCCUCUCCCGUGCGCGUCUGUGCCUCCGGGCGUACCCUUGGCGUUUGGACGGCUCGAUCCGGCGGCGGAGGAGGCGGCAUGGCCGGCCACGCGGGCCUCAACUCCGGCGCUCCGCGUGCCCCACGGCCGCCUCCACUCUCCGGCAGCGGCACGCGUGGAUCUUCGUCCACCGCACCUUCUGGAUCGGUUCCCGUCGUGGUCGCCGGUCCCAUUCUCCGGCAACUCAUCCGGCAGCCAUGGCGGAUGACAACUUCAACGUGGAAAUCUGUCAUCUUUUAUUAUGGGCAAAUCUGUCAUCUUUUGUUACAGCUCAAAAGUUUUCAGAAUUGGGUUUUCACCUUGAAAACAUUUCGCAGAAAGUUUUCAACCCAUUUCGCAUCUAAACACCACCGAAUUGUAUUAUCAGUUCCUAUUGGUGACACCCUGAAAAAUGGAAACCAUGGCAUCACAUUACCCUUUAUUGCUUUGAAAUUAAAACAUCUGAUGAUAAUUGAAGAGACAUCGGCAACUUCAGAUUUCAAACCUAUCGCAGAGAUUGUUGUUAUCACCAUCUAG